GAUUCUGAAAUUGAAACUGCAGUUUGCCAAUCCAGGCUUGCAAAGGACCUUAAGGACGACCCGCAAUUAGUAUUCUCACUGCCGUGACUCGUCUUUGUCGCUCUCUAUCAUGUCAAAAGACACGGCGGCUGAGCAUAAAGAAGGAAUAGAAUAUCUCGAUGUCCUCACUAAAACUGGUGAAAAAACAGGCAUCUCCAAACCAAGAGGGGAUGUACACAGAGAAGGAGAUUAUCAUCGAGCUGUUCAUGUGUGGAUAUACGCUGAGAGUACACAAGAACUACUUGUGCAAUGCCGUGCAGACUGCAAGGACUCAUGGCCUGGCCAGUGGGAUAUAUCAAGUGCUGGGCAUAUUUCUGCUGGAGAUUCUUCGUUGGUUUCAGCUGUGAGGGAACUUCAAGAAGAACUUGGUAUAACACUUCCAAAGGAUGCAUUUGAAUUAAUUUUCGUUUUUCUUCAAGAAUGUGUUAUUAAUGAUGGGACCUACAUCAACAAUGAAUACAAUGAUGUAUAUCUGGUUACCAUGAUAGAUCCAAUUCCUCUGGAUGCCUUUACUCUACAGGAAUCAGAAGUUUCAGCGGUGAAAUAUAUCUCUUGUCAGGAGUAUAGAAGCUUACUUGCCAAUAAAGAUCCUCAUUAUGUGCCUUAUGAUGUAAAUAGUGCAUAUGGCCAGCUCUUUGAAAUCAUAGAGAAAAGGUACAGCCAAAAUGUUGAGUUGAGGAGUUUGAACCUACAAAAGCAGCUUAAUCGUUAUGCUCCUGUUUCACUCAGUGCCGAGACUGCCGGGAUAAGUGAUGCAGACAAAAAAGCUCUAGCUCUUAUUGUCAAAGCUGCAACAUUUAUAGACAGGAUUUUUUACAUGCAGGUCUGGCAUAGCAACCUAUCUUUCAGCGAUUGGUUAAGGGAGCAUGCUGGAAAAUCUCAUUUGGACAAGUUAAAAUGGACUUACUAUCACAUCAACAAGAGUCCAUGGACCUGGCAUCGGGGAAGAUGAUUGACAGUGGUAAGGAGGAGGAUGGACUCUAUAUCUUUGAUGGAGAAACUCAAUCAAAUAAAAGAGGUCCAAGAAAUGCUUGUUUGCCAAUUGUUUCUUUUUCAAAUAAUAAAUAUUUGUAUUUACUUCAUUAUAGACUAGGACACCCUAGUUUCUAUUAUUUAAAAAAGACGUUUCCUCAAUUCUUUCUGAAUAAAGAUGUUUCUUUGUUUAAUUGUGAUAUGUGUGCACUUGCAAAACAUCACAGAAACACUUAUUUACCCCACAGUUAUAAACCUACUAGUCCUUUUACCUUGGUACAUAGUGACAUUUGGGGUCCAUCUAGAAUACCAACUUUAAAGGGAAAGAGAUGGUUUGUAACUAUUAUUGAUGAUCAUACUCGUGUCACAUGGGUAUUUUUAAUCAAAGAAAAAUCUGAAGUUGAGAAAAUAUUUAGGGCAUUUUAUGCUAUGGUCCAAACUCAAUUCAAUACCAAAAUUAAAAUGGUAAGAAGUGAUAAUGGCCGUGAAUAUUUUUCUCAAACUUUAAACAACUUUUUUACUAAAAAAGGCAUUAUCCAUCAAAGUUCUUGUGUCAAUACACCAACUCAAAAUGGAAUUGCAGAAAGGAAAAAUAGACAUUUGCUUGAAGUCACUCGUGCAAUCAUGUUUUCAACAAACAUACCAAAAUAUUUGUGGGGAGAGGCAGUGUUACAUGUUACUUAUUUAAUUAAUCGCAUGCCAUCCAAAAUUUUAAGAUUUAAAAGUCCUAUCAGUUCACUACAACACUUUUUUCCUACAAAUAGAUUGCUAAACACCCUUCCUUUAAAUUUUUUUGGUUGCACAGUGUUUAUAAAAAAUCCAGAUAGAUCUGCAAGUAAGUUUGAUCCUAGAGGAAAAAAAUGUGUUUAUCUAGGUGUUUCUGCCACUAAAAAAGGGUAUAAAUGUUUUGAUCCUACAACCAAAACAAUGGUUGUUACUAUGGAUACUUUUUUUGUGGAAGAACAACCUUUUUUUUGAUUCUCAUCUUCAAGGGGAGAAAUUAAGUGAAGAUGUUCCAAUAGUGCCACAUAUUCAUGAAAACCUUAGUUUUCUUGAUAUUAAUCUGGAUGAUAAUUUCUUUAGAAAUAUCAGUACACCUGAAAAUGAUCAAGAAAUAAAAAAUAAUGAAGUAAAUCCAACUGAACCAAUUGAAAAGGAUCAACAGAAAAGUUUAUGAGAGAAUGGUUAGAAAUCAAAGAAUAGAGGAAGUCCAAGAACCUACAACUGUCCAUGAUUCUGCCUCAAUGCCAGGAAGUGAAAAAGGUCCUGUUUGGAUGAAAAUGAGGCAUUUUUGACAACUGCAGACUCAGCUGUCAAGCAAAUUCCUGAGGCUACGAAGCCUGUGGCCGGGUGGAUAGGUCUUGAGUAUAGACUAGCAUUUCCUGUUAUAAAACCACCUGGUGCCAAUUUUUAUCCAUCAGAUAUGGACAAAAUGGAAUUUUCAUUGUGGAGAGACAGUCUUCCUGAGGAUAAAAAAAAGGAAGCAACGGGAUUCUUUAAUGUAAUCAAAAGGCGCAGUGAAUCUGAAAUCAUGGACAUACCAAAAUCUCGAAAUACCUCAACCUCUUUUCAUGACCUCUAUAUCGUUCCUUACUGGCAAGAAUACAACUCUCUGCUUGUUGAAGCUGCAAAGUUACUACAUGAAGCUGGAAAUAUUACAAGCUCGUUUAGUUUGAAAAGACUUUUACACAGCAAAGCAGAUGCCUUCCUUUCCAAUGAUUACUACGACUCAGAUAUUGCAUGGAUGGAGUUGGUAAUCUAUUUACUGGACUAUUUAUUUCCACUAGUUCAUAUGUGUGGGUGUG